AUGGAGAGACCAAAUACGGUGACGGAAUCCGCUUUAAACCUUCGAGGUUUCCUUGCAGAGUAUCAGACAAAACUAUCCGGAGCCCCUGACGAUGAGCCCUUCUUCCUGCAAACUAACCCCGUGCUCGUUGACGUGGGUGAUAGCUGUUCCCUGGACUUGAUAGAGUCCCCAGAUGACAGCUCGAUUGCAGUCUUCCAGCCCGGCACCGACCAGCUUCGUCCAAACUUUGUCCAGCCCUCAAGAGAUCAGCAUGUACCUUCCACUUUUUUGGCCCUGACCCAGCACAAGGCUAAGUCACGCAAGUGCGCCUUUGGCCGCACCCAGUACACGCACAAGCUGAAUCCACCGCCGAGGGACUGCUCCGAUCUCCAGCUGGAUGCCUGCGAGCUGGAGCUAACCGUACGUAUCUACCGACCACCAAGGGCCUACCACAGAGGAUUCAAGGUGGAGAUCCCCGUGUUCGCCGAGGAGUACGUCUGCCUGGGCAGCAACUAUCUGACCGAGUUGCGUGACAAGAUCAGUUGCGUUUGUCGUGGCAAACGCUUUGUGGACAUAAGCCACGAACCGGAUGCUCCGUUGCCCGCUAUCGACACAAAUCCUGGAUACUUCUUCAUCAACGACACGUUUUACAACGAUAAACGAAAUCCGAAUAAUCCCGACUAUUCGCAAACCGUAUUGAAGUGGGCAACGAGAGCGAACGGAGUGAAUGGAGAAUCGCUGAAAGUGGAGAAUAUGGAGGGCAAACGAUUCAUCGACCUAACCGUCAGUCCGGGAUCGCCGCUGCACUACCUGCACCACGGCAAUUGCGAGCACCUGUUCGUCAUCUCACAGAUCGAGGUACUAACGCCGCGUAGUAAACGCCCAGAUCGUAGCCUUUAUCCUUAUCCUCACGCCUUUAGCACCUUCAAUCGCAGAACAUGCUACAUGUGCGGCAUUCGCAGCUACAGCUUCAUUGUAGAACAGUCCCGACGACAGCUGCACGACCCCUCCUACCUGUGCCGCAGUUGCUUCCUCAGUUUCUUCUACGUAGAUGGUGUGAAGGUGGGUCAGUUCAAGGCCUAUCGCAUAUACGACCACGCGGAGGACGAGGAAGAGGAGCGUAAGGAAGGCGAGGUGGUCGUACUAGAUGAAUAAAUCUGGAACUGGAAUUUGGAACUUCAUGGAAAUUUCCGUCUUUAUGAGCAAGUCAUGUAUAAUUUCCCAGAAUUGGUUUAAGUUUUACAAAUAAAACAAGCUUUACCAAAUAUUUGUUUGAUAAUAAGAAUAAAUAAAAAGAGUAAACACCGCCUA